AUGCAGGAGAACUAUGAGAAUGUGACCUCGCUGGGGUUUCCAGUUUCCAGACCUGAUGUGAUCUCCCAGCUGGAACUAGGGAAAGAGCCGUGGGUCCCAGAUCUUCAGGGCUCAGAGGAAAAAGAGCUCCUAAGAGACGCCUACACAGCAGGUGAUGGGAUGGUGAUGGAGGAGCAGAAUCCUCAGCAGGAAGAUGCUGAGCAAGUGGAACUAUCUGGGGCGUUAGUGCAAAGAUCCAAAGGGAAUGUGCCCAGGAGUUCCGAGCAGGGAAAAGCCCGUGAGAGUCAGCACAGGCCAGAGAGGCAGCAGGGCAACCAACCAGGGCAAAAGGUGGGUAAAUCCAUUAAUUGUCAGGAAACUCAUGAGGACCUCAAGGAAACCACAGCCCAGCAGAGAAUCCCCACAGGAGAGAGAAACAACACAUGCACAGAGUGUGGGAAAACCUUCAGUAGCCGUUCAAGCCUUAUUACACAUCAACGAAUCCACACAGGAGAGCGACCCUAUAACUGCUGUGGGUGUGGGAAAAACUUCGCUCGGCGCUCAACCCUUAUUACACAUCAGAGAAUCCACACCGGAGCAAGACCCUAUGGAUGCUGUGAGUGCGGGAAAACCUUCAGUCAGCGGUCACAUCUUAUUACACAUCAGAGAAUCCACACCGACGACAGCCCCUAUGAAUGCUGUGAGUGCGCAAAACACUUCAGUGUGAUCUCAUACCUUAUUAGACAUCAGAGGAUCCACACAGGAGAGAGGCCCUAUGAAUGCUGCGAGUGCGGGAAAACCUUCAGUUACCGAUCAGGCCUUAUUACACAUCGGCGAAUCCAUACAGGAGAGAGGCCCUAUGGAUGCCAUGAGUGUGGGAAAACCUUCAGUCAGAGCUCACACCUUAUUACGCAUCAGAGAAUCCACACGGAAGACAGGCCCUACGAGUGCUGUCAGUGCGGGAAAACCUUCAUUCGACACGCACACCUUAUUAGACACCAGCAGAUCCACACAGGAGAGAGACCCUAUGAAUGCUGUGAGUGCAGGAAGACCUUCACUCGGAGCUCACAUCUUAUUACACAUCAGAGGAUCCACACAGGAGAAAGACCCUAUAGAUGCUCCGACUGUGGGAAAAGCUUCCAUCAGAGCUCAGCUCUUAUGUAUCAUCAGAGAAUCCACAAGGGAGAUAAAAACCAUAAAAACUUUGUCUAGGGCUGACAAAAAGAUUUUUUAAAAUAUUUUUGCUGAUUCCUACAUAGUGACCUUUAAGCCUAUUUGCACUAUUUGUCGUCGUAGUCUCUCAGGUCCUUCCAGGUGAAAGGCCCACUUUGCAGCACACUUUUGGGAUGAAUCCUGUGGUCGUUUCUGUCAGCUCCUUUGUUCUGAGACAAUUCUAUAAUAAUAAGACAGCACUGAAUGAUGCAGGUUUGACUAGAUCAGAGGGGAGUGUGAUGGGAGAACACUCAUUUCUCACUUUAUUUUAGCUUUUCCCCCACCCCUCCAUGAUGACAUGGAGAAAGUUCAACUGCAGUUCAGUAAACAGGAGAAACUACGUCAAGUUAUUGGACAUGAUAGAAAGGAAACUGAAGUAUUCUUAUAACGCUCCAGUAUGAAAUGGUGAACAGCAGCACACCCCAAAUUGUGCAACUAAUGGAAGUAACUAGGUGUGAUCACAGUGUUGUUCAAUUGCUUAAGUCAAUAUUGUCUCAGAUAAUCCCUGGAGAGAAUUCCACAGUAAGGGAUUUAGGAGGAGGCAAAAUACCCAUGUAUUUGGUUCCCAAACAGUUGAGACCUAGUACCUACAAGAUCUCUUAACUAAUCCUAUGAUUUAGGACACGUUGUCCCUAACUACAUAGAUGUGGAGGAAGCAGAAGUGGUGUUCUUGUUGAACUCAGCCUUUGUAGUGCACGUGUAUCCAAUUAACUGAGUGUUGAAUGUGACAUAGCUGCAGAAAACUAAUUAUUUUCAAAUAGAACCCCCCCCCCCUCCACCUUUUGGUAGAUUAGAGAUUCGGAUCCAGGCCUGUAUCUAGUUCUUAACUUCGAUCUGUGCCAACAGAUUAAAAAAACAAACUUGGCCAUUUGUUACUAACACUGCUGAGAUUUUUGGUGGUUUGGUAAAGGAUUCUGCUCCAGAGAAGUGUAAAUUUACCCUGACCAAGGCCAAGGAUUUGGCAAGAACUCAGGUCAAAAAAGCAUUCACACCAGAGAAGAAAGCUAUGGUGGACUAUGCUCCAGGUAAAACUGUUUUUAAAACAUCCUUCGCUAGUGCAGUGGCACUGACUACUGUCUCAGUUGCGAACAGCAGCUCAAUUGGGAACAAUUGUCCUUUACCAUCUGGAUCCAAAGUUUCAAGAGGCAAAGAAAGAAGCAGUUGGUGCCUUCAGAGGACAUUCCUUCCCAUGGAUGCCAAUCUUGCUGCUUUGUUGGACAUUGAAGACUUUUAUGAUAUUCAAGUGCUGAUAACCAAUGAGAGAAUAGAUGUCUCAGCCUCUAGCUCUGACCUGAGUCCUGAUUCUAUGCUUUUGUUUGCUCUUGUGUCUUAUGCAUUUGCGUCCCUUCUCAUCCACCUCCUGCUACUUUGAAAGAUUAAAAUGUGGGAAAAGGUGCUUGUUCUCAUGAUACAAACUUUCCCAUGUAGUGCAAGACCCCUUUCCAAAAAUUGUGGCAGAAGGUCCAGCAACAAACAAACUCACAGAAGUAGCAGGCCCAUUUUGGGAUAAGCUACAGCUUUAUACAAGGGUUCACUUGGUGGAAGUAGGGAUUAAAAGAAACCUAACGUGUAUGAUAAGAUUGUGCAAUCUUUGACCCCGUUGUUACCAAUGGAAACAAAAUUAAAUAUGAAGUUUAGUGGUUAAAGAGUAAAGAUAAUUAUAUGACAAUCUAAAUUAGAUUGUAAAACUGAAAGUUACAGCUUUUCUUUUUAUCAAUUUAGUUAAAUCAUAAAAAAACGCUUCACGUCCAGGGCCAUCCAAGAGCAGUUUAAAGUUCUCAUGACAAGCUGGAUCUGGAUGUAUUAAAGUGUCUGUCCUUCUGUCAGCUCUGUCCAUCACGAUGAUGAAAAAUAACCAAGUGUAAUA